AUGGCUAGAUCCGUGUUGCUUUCGUUAGCCCUCGCAUCUGUCUUCAUCGGAAUGGUCUCAGCUCGUGACUGGAACAUCCUAAACCAGCUCAAAGGAGUCAAACCAACCACAACCACCACCAAGACCAGCCAAAACCGCGUCGCAUCAUUGAAAGGACCGAACCUAAACGGAUACUGCGAGAGCUGGAGAGUCAACGUGGAGCUUAACAACAUCAGAGACUUCAAGGUGGUGCCACAGGAGUGCGUGUGGUUCGUCCAAAAGUACAUGACAUCAUCUCAGUACGAGGAUGACGUGGAGAUGGCCGUUGAUGAAGCCAUCCUUUACCUCGGCAAAACUUGUUGCGAAAAGAAGAAAUGCGAUGGCAUGGAUGCUUGGAUCUUUGACAUUGAUGACACUCUUCUCUCUACCAUUCCUUACCACAAGAGCUACGGUUCCUUCGGUGGUGAGCAAUUGAACACGACCAAGUUCGAGGAAUGGCAAAGUUGGGGAGAGGCACCAGCACUUCCAAACAUGGUGAAGUUGUUCCAUGAGAUCAGAGAGAGAGGUUUCAAAAUCUUUUUGGUCUCUUCUCGCAAAGAGUAUCUCCGAUCUGCCACUGUGGAGAACCUGAUCGAAGCCGGUUACCACGGCUGGUCUAACCUCCUUCUCAGGGGAGAAGAGGAAGAGAAGAAGAGUAUCAGAAAAUAUAAAGCAGAUGUGAGGGAAUGGCUUACAAGUCUUGGAUACAGAGUUUGGGGAGUGAUGGGUUCACAAUGGAACAGCUUCGCAGGUUGUCCAGUUCCCAAGAGAACCUUCAAGCUCCCAAACUCCAUCUACUACGUCGCCUGA